GAGUCGACACGAACUACCAUUUAACCCACUCUAGGCCGAUCUCUAGCUAAAAGACAAUCUUCAGAAACCGACAUAUCGAUGUUCUUAUGGUCUUGUUUACGUAUUAUUCACUUUUCACUCUCUCUUACAGUCAUUAACCACUUCCAAUUUCACACAAUUUUUAAUUUCUCUGCUACACUCUUUCUGCGCGAUCUUAUACCUCCAACUGUUUUCAUAAAUGACUGAUAACGAUUACCGAUAAAGAAUUCCCUCACAUGACGCACACGGUGCGUCACUAGUUUCGAAGCUGUUAACAAUCUAGUGGUUCAAUAAUCGCGAACCGAGCUCGAGCCAGACUUUAUAUGCAACAGACACCUGUCUGAUGUUUAUCGAGCAACGACUCAAAACCGUUCUGCUUUACGCACACCAAUUAUUCACGGUACGUGAGCGAAUUAGCAAAUUUCUAGCGGUGAACGAGACGGGCUGUUCAUUUAGAUUCUCGAGCAACAGAUUUCUUUUGCUUCUUCCGUUCGUUCGAAUUAAUUCAUAUUCUUUUUAACAUAUCGGAAGAAAACAGACAAACAAUUUAACGAUGUUUUAAUAGAGUACGAUCUCACAGAGAUUUCAAACGUUAGGUAUAGUAUAUUAUUACACGUAACUAGGACAGUUUUGUCAGUGAUUCUAAUAGAAUUUGUUAGCUAUUCGGUGCAGGCAUUAUAAUUUCAGACGGUCUAUCCAGGUCUACAGGAUACAGAACCGGGAACAAGCCUCAAGAAUAUCAAAUCACAGAAAACCCGAUUUACUUUAUGCAAUAUACAGAUUCUCCGACGUUGAGAGGUAAAACCAGCGAGUCUAAGGAAUAUUUAAUUCUGCGCAUUUCAGCCAUGAAAGCGGCUGCUAAUCCUCAAACGAUCUUUCGUCAGGAGCUCCAUUGAAAAUUCGAUGCCCGCUAUUUCGCACGCGCUGUGCUUCGAAUAGAAAAUGCUACUUCCGUAGACGUUCUUCCGUGGACGUUCUACAGGGGUUAAACAUAAAAGUUGUAAAAUGAAGCGACGAUGACGAGGCGGCAAUCGUCCCUCUUAUUAAUUGUAAUUUUUUGUUGAAUUUUAAAAGGUUAUAUUGAAAUCUUUGUUACGUUAUUACGACAACUGAUAAUAGGUGAUCGAAGAUCUGUCUCAAACUAAUGGAAACACAUGAAUUUUAUUAAACGAAUGGAGCAGUCGAUGUAAGCGAGUAAAACGAAAGUACCUAUGAUUUCCGAAAGUAUUUGAACACUUGAUAGAAAUUUUUUAUGAAUAUAGGCAUCAUACCUGUUAUAUGCGUUAUGCAUUAGCAGUUUAAUAUGAUACGACUAUUGCAUGAUUAUAUCAUUAUUUACCGAAAAUAUAUCUACACAUAAUAAAAAAUUAGUAUGUAGCAUGAAUACAAGUUUUAAUGAUAGUAACAAUUUCGAAUCUUGUUUCAUUUUUACGACAUCCGAUGAAGACGACACGUAUCAAGAAUCGUUGAUAUUUCAACGAGGGGGAGACCACAGACACGUGUCUUGAUCUCUGAAAAAAUUGACCGACAAGCACGAGAUUGUACAAAAGGGGAUGUUUUUCCGUAAAAACGUUAAGAGAACUUUUCUAGAAGAACUUUUCUAAAAGCUGGAGCGACGCUGAACCGAGGAAAAGCAAUACGGUUGCGAUAGCGUAGGAAAUGCGAAAUUAUUUGUUCUUUCCCCCUUUCUCACUCGGUGAAAUCGUUGCAAUUGUGUUAUAGAGGGGCGUAAACGCCAGAAUCGCCGGAAACAAUGCUUUGCGAGACAACAAUGCUUUCGCUUGCUUCCAACUAUCUUUUGAAGGAAACUAAUUCGACCAAGGAACAACGGAGAAUAGUUAAAAAGGACAGACAGGAUGAUGCUACGCGAUUAUUGUAACGAACAGGGGUUCUCUUUUGAACUUACUAAGAGAUUCCUCAUUUAGAGAGAAGUAAAACUAUUCUUCGACUCUACAGGUCUAGAUACCUGUAAAUUCAUGAGUAGUUCAACCUCGAAGCGCUUCUAUGGAGAUUAUUAUAAUACGUUAUGUAUAGUUGUCUUGAUAUUUAUCUCGUGUUUGAAUUAAUAAUCGCCUCGUUUCGAGUGGUUAAAUAGCACAUCCACAAAAUUGGAAAUAAAUAGGUUUAGCAUUAAAUUUAUCGCGUUUAUUAAGUGUACUAUUUUCAUUACUGUGUACAAACUGUCGCUCAGAACUGCUCUUCUUAAAUGACCUAUCUACCAUUCUGAAACAUCCGGAAGAAUAUCAAAGUGACGAAACCAAUAUUUCACUUUUCAAUCCUUUCGAUCAAACAAAUACAAAAUUCCGUCGCCGCCCUUUUACCUUGAUUGAUUUUAUAAAUCGUCUGCAUUAAAUUAUCGACCUUUCCUAAUUAACACUUCCGUCUAAGAUUGUAAUACCCAUAUCUAAUCGUGUGAUAUCCAGAGAUUUGAACUAAUAUUUUCUGGAUGUUAAAUUACUCAGUGUCCAAUGUGAUAUGAAAAUUCGUUACUCCUCGCUUCGAUCGAACCAAUUUGGAAUUCCAUCAUAAUCCACGAUUUUUUCGUCUGGUUUCGCAAAACUUGUUGAACUCUGCCCCUUGUAGUUGUCGAGUAUCCGUUCGCCACGAUGCGACGCGACGCGACGUUCUAUUGCAUAUAUCGAGCCUGUGUAUCCGGUUUUCGGACUAAUAAUUUUGCGGGUAACUUCCGGCCUGUGAUUGCCCAGGAAACUACUAAUGCGCGCACGUCCUAUACACACACAUAUGUGAACAUAAAUGUAUACACAGACGAUAGCGGAUCGAACGUUUCCGUAGUCGGCCUCGAAGAUACACGCGAGCAAUCGAGAUUGCUUUUCGCGAGAAAUCUUUUUCCCCACCUCUCUAUCUGGGUCUCUCUUGCACAGCUCGGGAAAGAACAUCUGGCGACCUAUCUUUUCGUGAUACAGACAACGAAGGAAAUUGUUCGGAAAUUCGUGGAAGGAAACUAAGAAAAUAAUGGACAUCGAAUCGGAGGGUGAACUUGUACUUAACCAAUUAAGGACCAAGUACACGAAUAAUACGUGAAAGUUGUAUAAACGUAACAUUAUUGGAAAACGAAAGCAGAAAAUGACUUGAACGACGAAGAAUCGUCGAAAUAGAGUCGUGAUGCGUGUCGCGAAAUUGAUGAAGAAGCACUUUUCCGGGUCGUCUGAUCGGAAAAUAAAACACAUUCGGCUGAUGACUUCGGACGAUCGAUAAACUAUGCUGAAGGCGAGGAGGAUAAACCAAGAUUUGAGCCGGGCUUUUUCGGGACGGUGGCUCAGAAACAAAAGGUUGAAGAUGCUCGAGGAAACGAUGGAUGAAAUCAUAGCUAGGAUUACUCUUGAUAAAACCGUAUUAACGAAGGAACAUACGAAAGUGAUCAGACAACUUUGGAUCCGUCUAUUUCGCCACUACCAAUCAUUCCGUAUCUAAGGAUCGUCGAAGGACUGCCUUUAACGUGUAAAUAGAAGAUGUCCAAAUGAAACCUGGUGACCACGGAAGGCCUAAAAUCAUCGACCUAAGAUUUUUCUACAGUGCGCUUGAAGCACGGCAACCUAAUCUCGUUAAGUUCCGAGCAACCGAUAAAUACAUAGAAUUUGUAGAAACCUUGACCAUCCCAAUCGAGGAAUCGACUUCAAAGAAAUGUCCAACUAAUCGUAAAUCGGACAGAAAACAUUCGUCAACGUCAUUCAGAAGAAGUUUCUCACGAGAACGCGGCAUAAAAUGCUUCGAUCUUUGAGCAAACAUCAAGCUCCGCGCAACAAGUAGACAAAGUCCAAGUCGGCUAAAAUGAGCCAGCCUUUCGUUCAGAUGUUGAUUCUGCUGCUAUCACUGCACCAGCUAUCGGUGUUGAGUCAAUCGAAGGCGCACAGCGAGCGGGAAGCGGUGCUGAUCCCUGGCGACAUUGUUCUGGGAGGACUGUUUCCGGUGCACGAGAAGGGCGGCGCCUCUUGCGGGCCAAGCGUCUACAAUCGAGGCGUGCAACGACUCGAGGCGAUGCUGUUUGCCGUGGAUCAGAUCAACAAAGACAAGAAGAUACUUCCAGGCAUCACGCUGGGCGUACACAUUCUUGACACCUGUGGCAGAGACACGUACGCGCUCAACCAAAGUCUGCAUUUUGUUCGAGCAUCUCUGUCCAAUUUGGACAUCAGCGUGCUUGAGUGUGCGGACAAAUCCGUGCCCAGGGUGAAGAAGACGGCCAGUGCUGGGCCGAUCUUCGGCGUUAUCGGAGGUUCCUAUAGCUCGGUGUCGUUACAAGUGGCAAAUUUGCUGAGGUUGUUUCACAUUCCACAGAUCUCGCCUGCCUCUACCGCUAAGGCGCUUAGCGAUAAGACCAGGUUCGACUAUUUCGCGAGGACGGUACCUCCGGACACAUUCCAAUCGAUCGCGUUGGUGGACGUGGUGAAAAGUGCAAAUUGGUCCUAUGUCUCGACCGUCUACUCCGAGGGUAGCUAUGGAGAAUACGGGAUCGAGGUGUUCACCAGGGAAGCGACAGAGCGUAACGUGUGCAUCGCGGUAGCGGCGAAAGUGCCUAGCGCCGCAGACGAUCGUGUAUUCGACGAUAUCAUCCAGAGACUGAGUAAAAAACCGAAUGCCAGAGCUGUGAUUCUGUUUACCCGCGCAGAGGACGCUAGAGGAAUCCUCGAAGCGGCGAGAAGAUCCAACAUGACAGCAUCCAGUCAACCGUUUCAGUGGCUGGCUAGCGAUGGCUGGGGUCGUCAAAUCAAACUCGUAGAGGGUCUCGAAGAAGAAGCUGAAGGCGCUAUCACGGUAGAGCUUCAGUCUGAGAACAUUCCAGGCUUCGACGAGUACAUGGCCUCCUUAACUCCGGACUCGAACCGUCGAAACCCUUGGUUCAGCGAAUACUGGGAGGAAGUGUUCGGUUGCGUUCUCAAAAAGAAUAUCAGGCUCGUAGGAAAUCAAAAUAGCACCGUGUGCUCGUUGAAGCUUAGACUGACCUCGGAAACCGGAUAUGAGCAAGAGUCGAAGGUUCAAUUCGUCGUGGAUGCCGUGUACGCUUUCGCGUUGGCACUGCACAACCUUCAGAGGGACGUGUGCACGAAAACCAGCGGUUUAUGCGCCGCGAUGGCGAACUACGACCGAGCCCUAUUCUAUAGAAACUACCUGCUGAACGUGUCCUUUACAGACACUGCUGGCAGCGAGGUAAAGUUCGACGAGCACGGGGACGGGUUGGCGCGGUACGAAAUCCUCAACUUUCGGAAAUCGGCAACUAACGGGACUAAUGGAUACCACUAUCGGGUGGUAGGAAAAUGGUUCAACUCAUUGGAUAUUCGCACGGAGGAACUGGUCUGGGCACGAGGCACCAAGGAUCUACCAAUCUCGGCAUGCUCGCUACCCUGCGAGUCAGGUAUGAUAAAGAAGCAACAGGGUGACACUUGUUGCUGGGUGUGCGACCAGUGCGAGGAGUACGAGUACGUCUACGAUGAGUACACCUGCGUGGACUGUGGCCCGGGCAAAUGGCCACACGAAGACAAAAGGGGCUGCUACGAGUUGCCCAUCAACCACAUCAGAUGGAACAGCGCGUUUGCGAUCGCGCCAGCGGUGAUUUCGUGUCUUGGAAUCGUGGCCACCCUCGCAGUCGCGUGUCUAUUGUUCCACCAUAGAGACACACCCGUAGUUAGAGCAUCAGGACGUGAGCUUACGAUCAUUCUGCUGGCUGGAGUGCUCGUUUGUUACCUCAACACGUUCCUGUUGCUAGCAACGCCUACUACAGUUACCUGCAUUCUUCAGAGGUUCGGUGUGGGGGUGAGUUUCAGUGCAGUUUAUGGAGCACUGUUGACCAAGACGAAUAGGAUCGCCAGAAUUUUCGAUUCUGCAUCGAGGUCGGCCGUUAGGCCGAGGUACAUUAGUCCUACGUCCCAAGUCUGCAUCGCGGCCGCGCUGAUCGCAUUGCAGGUGGUUUUGACCCUGGUAUGGAUGAUCAUCGAACCACCGGGAAGAAGAUUCUCCUACCCAGACCGCAAGCAGGUGAUCCUCAAGUGUAAUAUCCAGGACAUGAGCUUCCUCUUCUCCCAGUUGUACAACGCAUUGCUAAUCCUAAUCUCAACAGUGUACGCGGUGAAGACACGGAAAAUACCGGAGAACUUCAACGAGAGCAAGUUCAUCGGCUUUACUAUGUACACCACCUGUAUCAUCUGGCUGGCAUUCGUGCCGAUCUACUUUGGAACCGGAAACGCACACGAGACUCAAAUUACCACACUCUGCGUGGCGAUUAGUUUAAGCGCCACGGUGACAUUAGUUUGCUUAUACUCGCCAAAGGUGUACAUCAUCGUCUUUCAACCGGACAAAAACAUCCGCAGGAAAGUCACUAUGGGGGAUAAGUCUAAGAAGCAAGGGAGUAGCGCGGGAACUUCUUCUAUUACCAAAUACACGGGAUGUGAACUAACCAGCGAGAGCAUGCCUCUGCAGAGUGCACUGACGGCCGCGGUACAGACGUCUGUAGGCGUGACGGAGAUCUCCCUAGCGUCGAACACGUCGGGCAAAACUAAUAACGAGCGAGUAGCGCAGCUGUAGAGAAGCGGGCUGUAACUCAGAUUUGAGGAAACGCGGCAUUCUGGCGGCCGGCCAACCGAUAAGACCUCCGAGUCCGCUGAAGGAGGACCACGACACGUGUGAAUAGUGCGAAUUCGUGCUAAUAAAAAAAGUAUGUAUUUCGAAUACGGUGGAAAAGUUGCACAGCAAAAAAGCAGUCGUGCAAAUCGGACGAAAAUAAUGUGUGUAUGUGUGUGUGUGUGUGCGCGUGUGAUAUGAGAGUGACGGGAAAAGUCACUAGAGCCGGCUUAACGAAGGCACUUCCGAUUCUUCCUUCUGUGCGCACUGCUGGUUCCUACGAUACGCCUUCGAUCCUCCACGGCCAUAAGCAAGCUCGACUUCCUUCCACGUAGAUCCAUCGUACGAUUAAAAAUCAGGGAUCUUGGAUCCCAAGAGUGGAGAUAACGCGAAAAAGAAAGACAUCAAAGAAAAACACCGUGACUACGUCGUAUGUACAUACGCUUAGAUUACUCUGUUUAUUACUCGUGCACGAAGUGUACGAUAUUACAAGAUAUGCUAACAUCGCGAUAUAUGGAGAACUGUUUAUAAGCGUUAUUACGAAAACCUGCGUUGCAUAUUAUUCAAUUACGACACAAAUAUCGGUACUGUCGCUGUCGUUUUCGUUCGUUCAUUAUAUCGAGAUCAUUCGUAUCGCGAUCGCUGUUGUCGUUAUUGUUACUGUUAAAACGGUUAUCUUUGUGAAUAAUAUAUAUGAACGAUAUACGUACACAGGCACGUACACGGAUAUUUAUAUUAUAUGCCAAUAUAGGUAUAGUACACAGGCGAUCUGGCUGGCAUGAGUUUGAAAGUCUGAAUAUGAUUAGUCUCAGCAACGAGAUCGAACGAAUCGGAAGUCAGCAUCAUUGACGACAGCUAGAGGAGAAUUCGCAGAAAGAAUAUUCCAACAAUUACCAUCCACAGGCAAAUGAAUUUUACAAUGUUUGCAUCUGUUAUUGGUUUAACGAGCUGACUAAUUGGUACAAUUAAAGCGGCGCGUUCGGCCGCGUACCGACGAUUAAAUUCGAUUACGAUUAAUAAUGAUGCGAUCGAAUAGAGUUUUCUCUCUGGUAUUUAGUCGAGUAUUUAACCGAGACUACGCUAAAUGCUAAAUCGUUUGAGUACCUGCAUGCGCACACUCGUGCGUAUGGGUGACUCGUGCCAGGAAUUACUCUGUCGGAAAGGGUUUGCUCACGCAUAUGUAAUUAGCUUGUUCGAGUAAUCGACGUUCAUUGUCCACGUUCUUCCCACAUAGAUCGUUGACGAAGUAAAGAAGAAAAUAUUUACAUUCCGCGAGAUGUAUAUAUAUAUAUAUAUAUAUACUAUUACAUAAGGUACUCGCGUACAUACAAGCACAUACAUAUACAAAUAAACACGCAAAUACAACUCUAUCGUUGCACGAGAUAUUAUGUGCUUCUUUUCGGCACACGAUUACGUAAAUUGUUAAUUUUACUCGUAACUAGCUGCAAUUAAUUCGGGAAGAUCGUUCGUUAUAAUUGGAAACGAAACUAAAUUUCCAUUAAAAGAAUAUCUUUCAUUUUCGAAUCACUUCCCGCAUUUUUUGUAUGGAUUUGAGUUCCUAAAGGACAUGAAAUUGUUUCGAUUACGAGCUAGAUCGUUCCAUUAAGAUUGUUAUUAUUUUUUAGCGAGUAAUUGAUAUCUUUAACGAGUUGAACGUUUCAAAUGUUUAUUUCUGUUGUUUAUUAUAAUCGUAAAGUGUUCGGAUCGCAAAUAUGGAAUUACCAGCAGUUAAUAAAGAGGAGCGUAAAAGAAGUGCAAUUCGAUAGUCCGCCGUACGACACUUUAGAACAAUAACUGGAGUACAGAGAGAACAAGGAUGACAAAGAGAAAGAGGAUAUGAAAGAGAAGAAGGAAGGGACAGGAAAAUGACGAUGACAGGGAAAGAUGAAUGGCGGAAAAUUUUGAAACUAGGCCGACUACGCGAUGAGCGGAUUCAAUAUACAUUUCCUCCAUGAAUAGUAGACAAUAAACAAAUCGCUAUAAGGCGAACUUCAACCUGGUUCGAUCAAUAUCAGGAUUUACACUCGACCUGUUCGAUUAACAACACCACGAUUUCGUUCUCUGAGGCGACUAGUGGCAUUUAGUUUUUUGCUGGAGGCAUGUAACGGAGGAAACAAGAAAGACGACUAUUGAAUCGUACGAGAAGUCUCGAAGAUUAUAAUUCCAAAAUUCAUUUAACGAUCUGCAAAGAUCGAACUAUUGAUAAGAAAAAUCGAGAUAUAGAGAAAGUUAGAUUGUUGCACUUGUAAUUAUAAUCUUCGACGAUUAUACGCACGAAUGAAAGCACGAUUGUUACGAACGAACAAAAUUUUGUCGUUAUUAAGAAGGAGAAUGUAAGAAAAGAUUAACGCGAUGAAGAAUUAUAGUUCGAAUGAAUACGACGCAUCAUACAAAAAAGAUAACUUUGUAUCUUUUAUUAUAACACCGAUCAUUGAAAUAGAUUUUCCCUGUCAAAAGGAA